AUGGGAAACGGAGCAUCUUACAUCACCCUUGCAGAAGCUGCUCCUCACUUCGGUGAAGAAGUCGUCCAGUUGAUUGGGAAACAGCAAAAUUCCGCCAUCAGCAGUGACGCAUUACAGUCGGCUGUGUUUGCUGGAACCACGGCAGCUGCUUUGCUCAUUCAAAAACGACAUGAAGUAUAUCACAAACUGUUUUCAGACCUUCCAUUGUACAUCUUGACCGAACAUCGAUCAUCAGUGGUAACUGUUUUCGGUCUUCCAGCAUCCCUCUUAUGGAAUAGCUUGAUGAAUGCCCGAUCGCGAUACAUUCACACCUUUUACUCGGCCCCUCAUUUGCAUGACCAACGUGUGGCCGCCAUUCAAGAACAAGUCAAGAAUCGACCGGAUCCAUACGCCCCUAUCUGUACAUCAAGACCAGGCUGGCAGUCAAUCUCUCCUUCUUACCGAACCUACAAAAAGAAGUGGAAUGCCAUUGACAUGCCGUUGCAUGACAUCCUCAGCAUGGAUACUUCAGACGAAGGCAUGAUUGUUCAUGUCGAACCAUUUGUCAGUAUUGGUCAAUUGACACAUGCCUUAAAUCCCAAAGGAUUCACUCUGCCAGUCGUACCGGAAAUGGACGAUCUGACUGUUGGUGGUUUGAUCAUGGGGACCGGUAUCGAGUCUUCCUCGCACAAGUAUGGAUUGUUUCAUGAAAUUAUUGUCGAAUUGGAGUUGCUCCUUGGCGACGGAACCGUCGUCGUCGCAACAGCCGACAAUGAAUAUUCAGAUCUCUUUCGUGCCGUGCCUUGGUCCUAUGGAACCUUGGGGCUCUUGUUGUCAGCUAAGUUGAAAAUUAUUCCCUGCAAGAACUAUGUCAAGCUGACGUAUACUCCUCACCAUUCUAAGGAUGGAUACGUGGAACAUAUGCGUCAACUCUCGGGAGAAUAUGACACCAAGAAAAUUACCAAUGGUAACAUUAACACUAAUGGUCAUCACUCCAAGAAUGGCCAUGACUCGAAGUCAACACCCAUGUUUGUCGAAGCACUGGCCUAUUCUCUCGAGACGGGCGUCGUCAUGUCCGGAGAAUUCGUCGACGCCAAAGAUGUUCCUUUUGGCAAGGCCAAUCGAAUUGGAUUUUGGCACAAACCGUGGUUCUACAAACAUGUCGAACAAAUGCUAUGGAAGAAAACGGGAUCUAUCUGGAGUCGACUAUUUGGUCUAAAUGGCAAGGCAAACGAGAAGGAACCAAGCUAUGAACCCGUCGUCGAAUACAUCCCACUUCGUGACUACUACCAUCGUCAUACACAAUCGCUCUUUUGGGAAAUGGAAAUGUUGAUCCCGAUUGGUAAUCAUUUCCUAUUCCGAUGGCUCUUUGGCUGGCUCAUGCCACCCAAAGUGUCCUUCAUCAAGUUGUUUCAAACUGAAAUGCUUCGCGAUCUCAUGGAAAGGACCCACAUGGCUCAAGACUUUUUGGUGCCCACACGACAAUGGUCUUCCUUCAUGGAAGUCUGUGACAAGGAAUUUGACAAGAUUUAUCCAGUUUGGUUGUGCCUUCAUGAUCAUGCUCCGAUGCCUGGAUCUCUGUUGAAAGAUCCUGCCCAGCCGGACCCAAAUCGUUCCAACCAUGAAAUGUACGUUGAUGUCGGAAUCUAUGGUCUUCCCCGCUGUGUCCAUGAAAAGCGAGAAGACGAAUUCGAUAUGAAAAAAGCCAUGCGGAAUGUACUACAGGCUUGCGUCGACAUGGAUGGCUUUCAAAUGUUGUAUGCCGAUGUCUUUUCCACACGGACCGAAUUUGAACAAAUGUUUGAUCACAAGAAAUAUCGAAAGUUGAGAAGCAAGUAUAAUGCUGACACAGGUGCUUUCAAGGAAGUCUAUGACAAAAUGAGUGUAGUGGUGUAA